AUGGCGGCGUCGGCUCGCUGGGUGUUGUGCCUGUGCCUGGGCUGGGGCUGCCUGUGCCUGGUUCUGGGGGACGCGCUGCGGCCGCGCCGGCUCGGGCUGCGGCGCCGGGCUGCGCCGGGCACCGUGCGGGGCGGGCGCGCCCGGCCGGCUGCCGCUGACGACGGCCCGGGGCAGCGGCGCUCCGGGCGGCCGCCGGCGGCCGACAGAGUGGCGGAGCACAUGCUGCGGCUCUACGAGCAGUACCGCGGCGGCCGGGACCCGCCGACACCGCCCGGGCCCUGGCUCCGCCGGGGCAACACGGUGCGCGGCUUCCGCCCGCUGCCGGCAGGGAGCCCUGAAGGCCAGGAGAUGUACAUUUUUAACUUGACAUCACUCACAGAGUCUGAAAACGUCUUGUCAGCUUCAGUGUAUUAUUACAUCGGCGAUCUGCUGCACAUGAAGUGGAACUGUUCCCAGUCCCAUGGCUGUUCUCAUCACGGGCACAGGAAACCUGAAAUUCAGAUACGUCUUUCAGUUUGGACCUUUCCUUCGGCUGGGAACCCGACUCGGAACCUGGGACGUUUUCUCAUAAACGUCUCCUCAGCUUACCAGGAUGUCCUUUCCUGGCAGUGGAAGGAUAUCACUCAGCUCCUGCAUGAAGCAAAGCAAAACAACGAGCUGCUGAUCAGUGUUAAAAUGGAUCUGCCCAGCCAUCAUCCCUGGGAAAGAGCAUCUUCCUCCUACGAGCCCUACAUCCUGAUUUAUGCCAACGAUUCCGCUAUCUCGGAGCCAGAGAGCGUAGUCUCGACUUUGCGAGGACACCGUCGUCCUCCGGCAAGGGUCCUUCCCAAGCCAGAAGGCCAGACGAGGAGCAGCAUCACAAAUCGCCGGAGAAAACGCUCUGCAAACGUCCUGUUGCCGUUGCAGAACAACGAGCUCCCGGGAGCCAAGUACCAGUACGGCGAGGACGAGAGGUGGGGAGGCAGAAAGCCCUACGAGACCUUCCAGCCGCAGCUAGCAGACAGGGCCAGGAGUAAGAAAAAGCAGAGGAAGAAUCAUCUCCAGAAGACCCAGACUCUGCAGUUUGACGAGCAAACUCUGAAGAAGGCGAGGAGGAAGCAGUGGAAUGAACCAAGGUAUUGCGCGCGGCGCUACCUCAAGGUGGAUUUCGCAGACAUCGGCUGGAGCGAGUGGAUUAUUUCCCCCAAGUCCUUCGAUGCCUAUUACUGCUCAGGAGAAUGUCAGUUCCCAAUUCCAAAGGCCAUGAAACCGUCCAACCACGCCACCAUCCAGAGCAUCGUGAGGGCAGUCGGAGUCGUCCCCGGCAUUCCCGAGCCUUGCUGCGUUCCUGACAAAAUGUCCUCUCUCAGUAUCUUAUUCUUUGACGAGAACAAAAACGUGGUUCUGAAGGUGUACCCCAACAUGACAGUGGAGUCCUGUGCGUGCAGAUAACGCCUCGGGAGGCCUUGGGGCAAUGCCAGGGUGAUCACCUGCUGUUUGGGGAAGGAGGGUGGGCAGGAGUCUCAUCACACCUACUUUGUGUUUGCACUGCCAAUGCAUUUUCUUUGGACAAAAAAGAGAAAAUGGAAAGAAAUCCAGUCAAUGACAAUGGGAACAGAAUGGAUUCUGAGCAGCGAUUCUGAGGAAAGUGAAUACAAACUUCAUUUGUCUGUGGGUCUGACCAAGACAUGAGGCUUGGGAACAGGAUUUGACUGUACAUGGGGAAAGAAAAAUCUGCAGAUUUUUGAGACUUUGACUCUCAAAGGACAUAGCGAUCUAUUUUUGUACAACAUUUUGGAAGCAGCAGAAGCUGGUAAUUCUUAUCUCAGUAAUGUUGACUAAUGGCAGGGGAAGGUUAGAAAUGUAAUAGUCUUCAUUUUAAAGCUAUAGUACAGCAAGGCAGGUAAAAUCUGGCAUCCUAAAAGCUGUAGAUAUCUGCACUUGGCCAUGCAUCUCCUUGGUACAAGGUUACCCACCUUUUCACUGACACCUGCUCUGUAAUUCAGCUCCAGGCAGGGCCGAUGCCGAGUGCAUCACUGACUUGUGCUGUGGAAACUCAGCAGGCCAGGGGGGUGAAAAUGGCCCUGCACUCGGGGCCGGGUCCGAAUGACCGGCUCGCCUCGUGUCCCAGACCCUGCUUGGCAAUCCGUGGGGUGUCCUGCAAGGGGACACAACACCAGGGGAGGUUCAGGCUGGACAUUAGAAAGGAUUUCUUCACGGAAAGGAUGCAUUUUUAAAUGAUUUGUGGUGAAAGGUUUAUCUGUGUACAGACUGUCCAUUUAAAAAAGUAAAAAUCGCCCCCAAAAAAGAGAAGUUAUUUUGUAUAUGGAAAGAAACUUUUACAGACGCUUCUAAUUUAUUUUAUAUCCGUGGCCCUCCUGACGUAUCCUGCUUUCUGUCAGCGCUGUCUAAGCCGUGCCGUUUUCUCUGUCGGUGCCAGGACGAUCUGCCGGGCCGUAGGGAGUUCCAAAGGGCGCCCACGGCGUGAGGGGCGCGUUCCACUGCUGAGGGAUGGGCUUGUCUGAUCUGUGUUGUUUCCCGUCAGUAACACGGGCGUUCUGCUCGGAACUCUGCAGAGAUGUACAAUAAAGCGACCUGAAAA